AUGUCAUUAAAUAAUGAUUCAAUCCAGCGUAAUAAACCAAUUUUACGCGAUGCUGAUCCUCAACGUCCUCGAAUGAUAACGAAUGAAUCUCAUAUUUUCAAUCUUCCACCACCACCAUCAUCAUCAUCAACAGCAAACCUUUCCCUACCGAAUAUUCGUCCAUCGCCAAUUCCAGGCAAUUUCAAUAUUCCACCUCCGCCAACAUCUAUGAUUGGCGAUGCUAUGUCGACAUUCAAUAAAGAACGUUUGCACGACGUCUUACAACAAGGUUUAGGUACAUAUGUAUUCAUUGAACACUAUGGCCUCGUACCAAAACUAAAUCAUUUCUAA